ACGAAUAACGAAUACCAAUCAAGUUAGACGUUCGCUUAAUGUGGUUAUCGUCAUCAAAUUUUCCUAUCGUUAUCAAAUUCUCCAAAUCUCAAAAAAGUUUGUAAAUCAUGAGUUUUAUCCAAGUUCUUGGCAGAUUGUGGCAAGAAUACAUUAAGUCGACUCCAAAAAAACUGAAAAUCCUUGACUCAUAUCUUAUAUAUAUUGUAAUCACAGCAGUUUACCAAUUUAUUUACUGCAGCUUAGUAGGUACAUUCCCAUUCAACAGCUUUUUGAGUGGGUUUAUAUGCUGUGUAGCAUGUUUUGUGUUGGGAGUGUGUCUCCGCUUACAAGUAAAUCCACAUAAUUCAAAUUUUUUUGGUGGGAUUGGACCAGAAAGAGGAUUUGCAGAUUUUAUAUUUGCCCACAUUAUUUUGCAUUUAAUUGUGAUAAAUUUUAUUGGAUAAAAUAACUAUUUAAUUCUUUGACAAUAAAAAAUAU